AUGUCAGAGCCAAUCGACCGCCGCGUUCAUUUCAAUGUACCUAUGGACACCGAUGAUGAAUCCCAAUCAUCUCACGUCAGCGAUACACCCAAAUCGUUCAAUUUUGGGUUUGGGAAUUCACCCUCUUGUCAAAACAGAGACCCAUCGGCGGCGAGGCCUGCAGUAUCCCAACCCACAUUUAACUUCGGGUUCAACAUGAAUACACAGGUGGAACCUGCUCAACCUGCAUUGGCGCCCAAGUCAUUAAACUUUGGCUGGAUGCAGCCCGCGGCGUCUCCAGACCGUACGGCGCCAGCAACAACACUGUUCAACUUUGGCAUGGGUGCACCUGUCACAUUGCCGUCAACAGCAUCCACCCCUCCACCGCCACAACCAAAGCCAAUCAAUUUUGGCUGGGACUGCCUUCCUCCUCCAGCGUCGCCUAUGCAAGCAUCGUCAAUGGCAUCCACCCCUACAACGCCGCGACCACAGUCAAUCAAUUUUGGCUGGGACUGCCUUCCUCCCCCGGCGUCGCCUAUGCAAGUUCCGCCCACCACAGCAACAGUCGACCCGCCGACACCACCGCUCACACAAUUGAAUUUUGGCUGGACUAGGAAAGCCUCAUCCAAGGAAGCACCUCAGCACGUUGGCUACGACAUGACUAAUAAACCAUUCCAGUUUGGUUGUGAAGGCGAACCAGCAAAGGUCGGUGGUUGGAAACCAGUCCCAUUCACUGCUACUGUCUCAGCCGAUUCACCAGCUACACACUCGUCCCUGCUGGUGUCAUAUGCAGCCCCUGCACUUCCCAACAUGGUAGGAGCCCUCCAGCUCCCCAAGGCACCAAUCCCUGCUAUCGCCGUUGCAGCUGCCAGUGAAUCACAGGCACUGAAACUGGCAACCUUGGUCAGUGAGGCUGAGCAGGCGGCAAUCAACAUAGUGAAGCGCCUCCGGUCAGAUGAAUUUGAUGCGCUGGCGCAAAGCCUAAUCGGCACUGUGGUUGGGCCCAAGAUUGAGGUCCUCAAUCCCACAAACGAAGAGGUGCUGGACAGCAACCGUGUCCUUCUGACGGCAUACUCGAGACAAGAGAUAGGUUGA